CAAAAGUGAGAGUCAAAAUCAGUUCAUGGUAAUAUUUUUAAGUACUCUCGAUCUAGAAGAUCUACUUCUAUUCCAGUGGACCACUACGACUGAUACUAAGAGGACCACUGAUCAUCACGAGAAAGGGACAACGUUGUUGUCUUCUCCUAGAGCUACUGUCGCACACUCACACACUCAUCACACAAAAAAAUGGCGCGCUCGUCAACGCCAGGUGGUGCUAGGAAACGGCCAUCUGGUGCCACCCACUCUCCAUCACGACGCACAUCGUCAUCGACUCCGACUAAGAAAAAACAGUCCAUAGGUGGAAACUCAGCAGCUUUAUGAUUAAAGACGAGUCUGUGUAACUAUAUAAUGGUGCUUGGAUAAGCUGAAGCAACUGAUCAUGAUGAAUGUUGUUGUGAUGGGCAUGGGAAUGGUCACAAAAGUAUCAAGGAGGACGUAUAUCACGUACAGGUACUUGUUGCGAUCACAGCUGCAUUAUGUUGUUCGGAGUUUACCUACCAGCUACGCUGGGACAUUCUCAUCUCACUCGAAUCUUAUGAAGACGGGGUGGAGACCCUCUUUUAGCUAGUGAUCUCGUCCUACUAGCUACUACUCUAAUUUCCUAUCUCAAAGCGGCUGAAGCUAGUGGAGUUGAUCUCUCUUACUGGUGGCCUGCACCAGCAGCGGAUGAACUGGAGAAAAGCUCCAAAUACUAUCGGAGAUGCACACGACCCGUGGGAGAAUUCAUGGGCAAUUGGGGUUGCUUCUUCUGGACUAUGUACAUUCCUUAUGGAGGACAAAGACUAUUCACAAUCACAAGAAUGCUGCUUGAUAUGAAGAAGUGUGCAUAUUCUUAACAGGAAUGCUUCCUCUUGUAUCUUGCAUGGAUGACAAUGUAGACUCCUUAAAGAUACGAAGUGACAUCGUUUGCGCCACCUUGUUCUUGUCAUUGGUGUGAUCUCCACUGAAAUAGAGUGCAAGAAGUUGUACUAGGCUCAUCUCAUUUAGUCAUACUCACUCUUGGUCUUGGUGGAUCUUCUUACUACUUACCAUAAGUACAACUCGUACUAGUACUGCAUGCUGCUACUGUUCUAAUCGUGGUUACAAAUCUACUACUUCUACGGCAUCGUGGUGUUGAACAAAGGGAAUUUGAUGGUGCCGGAUUCAGAGUUCUGGUAUGCGCUGCUCUUCGAGUUGCCCGAUGGGAUCAGCAUUCAGCCCACGUGGUAGCGCCCCUUAACUUUGUUGUCAUAAAGGCUGUAUGCUAGUAUUGUCCCUUGUUUGAGGAAUCUCGAGUGGAUUAGAAGUCGAAAAUCAGUAUAUUGAUCGUGUCUUAGCAGCUAGUUACAUUACACUCAUAGACGUACUUUUUAUGCCAAUGCUGAGCUGAAGAAUAGAUGGCACUUUUUCUACUUGUAGCCUCUAUUCGAAAAGUAUGACGACCGUGACCAGAAGUCUUCAUGCUUUCGUCCUAAGUCUUACAGACCCUAUGAUCCACAUUAUAUAUCUUCAUCCUGCUCACCAAUCAUGACUUGACCUAUUGUUUCAUUGAUUGUGCGGUGCCAAUGUGCGAGUGCCCAUAUUCUUAGACUCAAACUUGAAGAAAGUUAGAUUUAGAAUCAAGUGAAAGUGGAUCAUAAAGAUUUGAAUUUAGAUUUUGGGCGAUAAAAAACCACUUUUUCGAGGAUUGGAGACUUAUUCAGAACGAAGUCGAAAUCUGGACGUGGACCAAUCAUAGACAAAGACCAUCGUCUGCACCUUCUUCUUCACCACCAUCACUGUCAAAGAAGAAGCAUACAGUGUCCUCCAAUGCGACAACCAUCAGGUUGUCGUGUCGGAUGAAGACGAUUGUAGCUGGUGUCCUCCAUUCCUCACAUGGCUUUUGUACUACUAUGAGCAAGAUGUAAUCGACCUCUACUGCCUAGUCGUACAGUCAACCUUGUUUACUUCUGCUGACCUCAACAUACAACCACCAGGUAUUGCUGGAAGAUGAUUGCCGUUUGGUGCCUCCUGCAGUUUGUGAUGGAAGCUUUUCUGCCAUGUUUUUUCCCUUUUGGUCAAGGGUAUAUUGAAGGGGUCACGCUGAAAAACGGGCGCCGCCUCAAAUACCCGAUGAAUGGGCUCACUGCGUUUUUUCUAACGCAUUUGAUCCUAUGAAAAAUCUAUCUAGGUAGAGGACUCCUGCUCCAUCAUAAUAUACGAACUCCAACCGUCCCGAAAUCGGUCAACACCAUACAACUUUGCUUGGGAAAAUGCUGUUUUGUCUCCCUCUAAUCUCUUACUUUUCUGCGUGUUACUACGAGGUGCCUCUGUUGGGACUGAAGAUUGAGGCAGACUUUGUCUGGAAACACAUGGGAUCUCUGAUGACAUGUGCCGUGCUCACAAGUCAUUUUUUUGUUAUGUUGCAAGGUUCAUACUGUCAUUGGGUCUUGUACGUAGGUCUACAAUAGAAAUUGAGGCUGUAGUUCUUGUGGUUCUGCACUGCUGUGUCAGCCGAAUUGUGCUGCUACGAGGAGGUGGCUCUUUUUGACUUGUCUGAAAUGCCUAAAAAAACUGUAGCCGCAAGAAGGAGUCCUUGUUAUCUUCAAGAAGCCGUCACCUCCCCCGUAUGAGCUGUUGCAUUGGUCUAACACGAAGAAGUCAACGAGCCUAAGAAAACUACAGUCUUCUCCUCCUCAUCUCUCACCCUCUCUAAUUUUCCCCUGUGGUUGUAUGUUAGCUGGGGUGUUUUGUGGCGUCGGCAUGUGGAUGAGCCUAGUUUUGAAGAAGACUAUGGUGUUUUCGACUUCCGGAACUUUUGGAACGACUACUUUAUGGGCUUUGUGUUCUAGUAUUUUCACAUACACAUCACGACACUUUUAACGAAAAUACUCAUUGAUCUUCUUGAAUUUGAGCCACAUUCUUGCACUUCCAUCAGAUGCGACCCUCAUGAUUUCUGGUUUCUUCUGCUAUCUCAUUUUACAAGCAUCCGCAACAAAGACAAGAGGUUAGUCUUCCCUGACUUUCCUCACUUUCCUGCUGUUCGAGCAGCGGGAAAGAGUAGAUCAGGGAUCGGCAGGAUGUAGGGAGGUUGAAGAAUUCGUACGCAAUAGUGCAAAACGAAUGUCUCUAAGUACUUUAUGGGUGUCGCGCGUAAUCCCAGAAUCUGCCAUGGAAGUUUGUGGAAAAAAAUUUUGCCCUAUGCAGAGGACGGAUUUGAUUUGAAAUUACGGAGAGGAUUUUGAAUUAAGUCCUUCAGGUUGAUUCUCUAAUUUAAACUGGAAUUCUGUAUCUUAAACGUGAAUCUAGGUCUGUUGAUUCUGGUGUGAAUGUGAGUUGAAGUACAUGAAAGUUAGAAGUUUCCUAUUUCAAAGGCUGUCGCUGAUGUGUUGAGAGUUAUAAAAUUUGUAUUCUAUCAAUAUCAUGUCGGAAUUGAAAAAUUAAUUUUAAUUUUUGAACAAAACUCUCUUCUUUGCUCUAGAUGAAAUUUCUAAUAUCUCGUUGGUGGGAUGGUCGUACGUUGACGUUGUGGAUCCUCCUGAAUUGGUCUUAUCUUGCCGCCCAAUACUAUGGCUGCACGCUGGAUAGAGAUACCUACGAGGUUACCGCGACGUGCGAUGCAACUGGAGAUUGGAAUCGCAUAGGUCCAGCAAGUUGGUUUAUUGCGCUUUUAUGGAUGUGUCGUGGGAACUACAACAAUAAAUGGUUCACUACUCUGGCACUUGUGCUGCGUACUUGUAGGAGUUAUAGUUGUAUUAGUUGUAUUGAUUUGUUCUAGUGCUACUUUUUCUAGACCAUCUCAUUCAUGUCGUCCCCCCACGUCUCCCACUAUGAUCCACUUUCAUCACUGACUCAUGCGUACUACAUCUUCGAUUACAACUGGUGCGAGCCGGCUUAUUUGACGACGACUGACAUUCGCCACGACCUUUAAGACUGAAGCAUGUCCUUAGUAUCAUCAUUCUUGGUUCAUCGUCUCUUCUUGAAAAAGUAGCCCUCGUUUGACGCUCUAGAUCUCCAGUGUUUGAAAAAGUAAGAACAAGCCAAGGAUGCAGAUGCUCACAUCAAGGACCAUGCGAACUCGGUAGCGCUAAUACCUGUUCGGGUUCAUGCUGACCUACGGCAUGUUUGGAUUUCUGGCCAUGUUCUACCCAGUGUCCUUCCUAGGACAUCUCAGCGGCCAAGGCAAAGGCAACGAAAUCACUGAGAACUACUUCUUUUAUGGUCCUCAGAGAAUGAACUAGAAGUUAUUUUAUGGUCGUCAGAAAACUACUUGUUCUUUAAUGUUGGAGAUGAACUACCUUUCCUCGGUAACGAACUAGAGGUUAUUUUAUGGUAGUACUACGCAGAAAACGAGUACUUGCUCUUGUUCUUUUAUGUUGGACAAAGUUUUAAUUAAUGCCUAGUAGGCUACUUAGCGCUGGAAAUUGAAGUUUCUUGCUAUUUUGAAGAUGUCGACAACAUGCAUCAAGACUUAUCAUGUCUAUGAUUCUCACCUAGACCUAUUACGUGCUGGUGCUCUCUACUUUUCACACCUUUUGCAAUUGCAGCAUUGGCAUUGUCCACCUUGUUCCCCAUUCAUAACCUCACUACCAUUGGCAUUUUGAUGUACCUGUUUGGUAUGUUUAUGUUCCGCUGGUGCAAUAUCGAGAAGCACCGCUUCCGAACGAAAGUCGCCGACCUCAAAGCAGAGUACUACGAAGCUGUCCCGAAUUUAUGAUCUGGAAGAUAGCGUUACUUUGGAAGUAAGAAGUAAACACUCUACAGUACGAACAAUUGAAUUUUUUUAUUGAAUGGCCUCAACCUUUACCUUGACAGAUACAGACAGGUCAGUACCAGAGGCAGCAUGACACAUGACAUGCAUCCUAUGCCUAUAGUCCUAUGCUAUGCUUAUCCUAGAUCACCUUGUUGCAAAGACCAUCUUGUUGCCCUUGCUGCAUGUGCGAGUAGUCUUCUACUCCUUAUUUACCAUAUCUUCAUAAAAAGGUUGGUUUUCGAUCCGCUGAUCUGAGCCCUCUCAGAGGUGUGAUGAAGGAGCCGCGUUUCUAGUUUUUAGCACCUUCAAUCUAGACUUGUAGUACAACAAUAUUCUCUCUAUGGCUUUUCACACUCUUUUUAGCUUCAUUUUAAAUGAUUUAUCCUCCUUCAUGCAGAGACGGCGGAAAAAGUACUCUUGCUGGGGAAGCUGAGUAUAUUGCUGCCGGACUGAGGGACUACUGCAUCUUUGGGUACAACAAACCAGGUGAUUUGAAAUAUCUGCGGACGAAAGAGGGCAGCUAUCUUUAAGGCCGCGUGAGACGAAAAUGGAAAUCCAUCUUGAUGUUUGUCAUCUUGUAGUUGUUCCGCAUUAAAACAUGAGAUGAUAACCAGUUACUAGUGUUUGUGGAUCUGGAGUCUGAACGAGGUGGUGAGCUACCAAUUUUUUCUGAGAGUUUCCUUUCGCCCCCCCCCGUAACUCCUACAAACGUACUUACAACUAGUUUUGAAGAGCAAGAAAUACCAGAUUGGAAAUGAAAACUAACUAUUUUUCAGCAGCGCGACGAAACGAUUUGAGAAAGGGCGAGCGCCUCCUCUAACGUCUCCUCUUUUCCGGAACAUGGGGAUACGCAAAACACUUCAACUACAUCGGCGACCUGACCAUGUGCGUGGGAUGGAUGAUCAUUAUGAUGGAAAUCUAAGUUGCUAAAAAUCCACCCAGAGGAUACAGAAGUAAACUAAACGUCUCGAAGAAAAAGAUACAGAAUUUGUUCUAUUGUCCCGCUCCGCCCCACAAGCUUCUAAUACCACCUCCUCGUCCUCUUCUUCCCCUCAUCUUCUUCUCCUCCGCUUCUUCUAAGACUCUGUGUUAUUCUGCGACCCAUGCAUGGCCGGUGGCUCCCUUUGGAUACGUAGCCUACUUCUGGGUCAUGGAUAUCCAUCUUAAGGCUAGUUUCUCACUACCCCAUGUGGACUAUGCUGCGUGGCCCUCCCUUUGAUUUUAAGGGGGAAACUAGGGAGGAGCAGGGUAAGCCACUCAACCAGGCAUAGUGAAAAACUAGCCCUAACCAUCGUUGUGGCAGAGAUCAAGAACGAUGCGCAGAGAAAUACGGUAAAGACUGGGAUGAAUACUGCAAAGUGGCAAAAUGGAACAUCUUACCUGUUAUGUACUCUACUGUACUACUAGCAUAAGUAUAUUAUCUUGAUGUUGUCGUAAAGGUAAAGGUAAAAAAAAUGUUACCUUACCACGUAGACGUACGAUAACUGAUGAUCGAGAGGGAUCAUUUGAGAUGCACUGGUAAUGAUAACAAUUAUAGACAGGAGAAAAACGGUUUACCGUCAUCUUCACCUUUAGUCCUCUAACAGACGCGUCUACUGAAGGACAUACAGCAACGUGGAGCUGGCGAGUCAAAUUCGAAGCAAGUGAGGCAAAUCCGUGCGAAAAGUAAAAGAUGAGGGCUUCUAGUACCAUGGCUAUGACAUUCUAGGUGAAGUUGAUUAUUAGGAAGAUCAAGAUGUUAGGAAGAUCAUUUGAGAAAGAUGAUUUAUUUGUGAAUCUGAACCGAGGAGGACUGCCUCGUCUUCUAUAAUUGACCAAUUGACCCUUCUUGUAUAUUAUGCUCUGUGGUCGAGUUCGAAAAAUUUGAGCGGGGAACUCCUGCUCGUGAGAUUGAAAGAAAAACUCAGUUUGCCAAGAUGGCCGAACGAAGAGCAGUAGAAGAGAUGAAACGUCUACUUCAUCUAUUGAAUACUUCUAGAAGUAGUUCGAGAUAUUACCUUUAUUUUCGGAAACUACCGUGAAGGUAAAUAUGAAGAUAUCUUCUAGUACUGGUAUGAAUAUCGUCCUCAGUGUUAUAAGAAAGUUCUUGUUGUUCUGUCGAUCACCAUGGAUGAAAAUCAAUCAUGUUAAUCCAACUUAUAUUCCGCCAAAAUUAGCCUAGAGCUACUUGAAGUUGAAUAAGAAUUUCAACCUAAGGUCAAUGAAAAUCAAAAUAUCCUGUCUUCAACAGCGGCAACGUCGUCGAUUUUUUUUUGACAUUGACACUACCCGGCUCGCUUUCAAGCGAAGCUGAGAAUGAAAUUUCGAAUUGGUCGCACCGCACCACUAGUGGUUUCCACCGCUACCCUUGGUUCCUACGGCGAUCACGGAGUACACAAUAGCGUUAUUUCUUCAAGUUCAC